GAUCUGAUAAAAGCGCGUCUGUAGUAGCAUCAAACGCACAUUGUCCCGCGCUAAUCACACGCGUUAACCGCAAGCAUAUACCGAUUCGAGACUGUCUAAACUCUCCAUUCCCGCAACGUCCGCAUACAUUGACACACUCUCGCGUGUGUAUAUCCGAGUUAUUCGAUUAUCUGCGCUCGUGUCAAGGCACGAGGUGCGAUAAGUCACGACGACGCGCGCCGCACUAUCUCCGCGAGACUCGUCCGAGAUACACGGCGGCGUGCAAUAACAUUGUUUCUCGGAGCCGCGUAUACUAUGUGAUCAUAAAUUAGAGGCCGCUUAUAGCCGAAUAGAGCGCGAGAGUAAACGUGCAUCGCCUCGACGUCAUGAGGAGCGCGUGUGAAAACGCUACGACGACGACGGCGCGCGGCGUUUCGAGGACGCCGCUGACAGCGAUGCCAGAGGCGAGAGUGUAAGUAAGCAAGUAAGCGGCAGCGUUUUGUAAUAAACAGUGCCCGUCGCGCGUUCGCCGAGAGAAAAUGGAUGCGCCUCCGGGGAACGUCGGCCCCAUCGAGGAUCCCCUCACCACGGCGUUGGACAAGCUGGGCCAGGGUUCCGGCUUCCUCUGGAUGAUCUUCUUCUUCCUCAUGUUCCCGACGAUCUUCUCCGGGAUGCACUCCAACACCUACAUCUUCAUCGCCGAGAUCCCGACCCACUGGUGCGCAGUGCCGGAGUUGACCCAGGCCAAUUGGACGGCCGAGCAGAUCCGAAAUAUCUCAGCCGUGGGCUCGGGCCCGUCGUGGUGCAGCAAGUACGACUACGACUACUCGCACUUGGCCGAAAUCGGCUUCGAGGAAUCCUUGAAAUACGCCGAGAAGCAUCACGAAAGCGUCGGCAGUGUCGAAUGCGCGGAGUAUAAUUACGCGGACGACGUCGGCCGAAAAUCGAUGGUCGAAGAGUGGGAUCUCGUGUGCAAAAGGGCACCGCAACGCGCGACGACCCACAUGGCCCUGUCGCUAGGCAAGCUCAUCGGCGCCGGUGUUCUCGGCGUGAGCGCCGACAGAUACGGUCGACGAACCAUCUACGUCUUCGGCAUCGUCCUCUUCGUCGUCGCCGGACCUGCGAGUGCCUACGUCCUAUCGUACUGGGGCUUCGUCGUUCUUCGACUUCUCACCGGCGUCUGCUUCUCCGCCAUCCAGUUUUCCUCCCUCACGACGCUGACAGAAGUGGCCGGCAGCACGCACAGGCAAUGGAUGGGCAUAGCCUUCAAUUGUGGCUUCGCCAGCGGCUCGAUCUUCGUCGCCGGAAUAUCUUAUUUGGCUAGCGAAUGGAGACAGGUACAAGUCGCCACCUCGCUGCCCAGCCUGAUACUCCUUUUAUUCAUGUGGUUCAUGCCGGAGUCGCCGAGGUGGUUGAUCUCGCGGGGGAGGCGGAAGGAAGCUCGAGCGAUACUCGAGAAAUUUCACGGACCCAUCAAGGAGGACGAUCCCCGCCAGGAAGCGGUCCGCAGCGCGACUGUCGAGCAGAGUAAGAGCGAGAAGACGAGCCUGCUGUCCGAUCAGAUCAGGGGACUGAGGAUGAUGUUCAGUCACAGGGAGCUUCGGAAGAGGGCGAUGAUUUCCUACUUCGCUUGGAUGACCGCCUCGCUCACUUAUUACGCCCUGGCCCUGAACGUCGACAACAUCGCCGUGGACUACUACCUCUACGCCGUGCUGCUCGGCGUGACGGAAAUCCCGGCGUAUCUGGUACCGACGCCGAUACUGAUGCUUCUGGGCAGGCGACAGGCGAGCUCGGCGCUCUUCAUAAUUUCCGGACUGCUGCUCCUCACCAUACUGAGCAUCUCGCGCGAGGCCACAGCUGUCCUCGUCACGGCCAGCCUCGUCGCGAGGUUCUGCCUGUCCGCGGCCUACGGCGUCUUCAUACUCUACACCUCGGAAUUCUUCCCAACGAUCUCGCGCAACUCGGCCCUGGGCUCGAGCUCGGCAAUGGCACACGUGGGCAGCAUUAUAGCGCCCUACAGUGUGGUCGUACUCGGAGAGCUGGCCUGGUGGGGUCCGAGCACGCUCUGCGGUGCCCUGGCCCUUAUCGCAGGUUUCACCUGUCUUGCCCUGCCCGAGACUCGAAAUCGACCGCUCGCCGAUACCGUGGAGGAGGAGGUCGCCGAAGGACGGGGCAAUGUGUCGUUCAGCAAGAGCUUCAAGUGCGCCAGAUCGUGGUAGAGCGAAAGAUAUAAGGGACAGUUUUUAUCUUUCGUCGUACUUAUUGUUCGCCGUUGAUUUUUUGAGAUUUUAAUAGGUUCUAACGUGUACUUAGCAUAUGACGAAACCACUCCGUCAAUUGUGAUUACGACGCUUGAAAUAUGUUCUUUUUGUAGUUUAAUUUGAAAAAGAAUUAUUUUUGAAAAAUAUUAAUAUGAAUACUCAAGAUAACGAAAUAAUAAUAAUAAAAAA